AUGUCUUCACGGUUGCGGCGGGACCCUAAGCCAUCUGCCAAGGUUCGGGAAGCUGCUGAAUCAGCCUUGGUCAACUCGUCUGGCUCGAAAACAUCAAAGAAGAACAAGACUUCUGCUGCUGCUUCGAUGCUUAAGGCUAGGAUCACAACUGGCACCAAGGUCCUCUCACAUCCCCUCAAGAAGGCCCACUCUGCACUCUCAUUAGCUUCCCACUCCUCGGUAAACUCUUCAUCUUCAAUGCGCAGUCACUCCCCGGCUCUCUCCCCCAUAUCUGUAUCUGAUGCUCUCCCUACACGGGGUGAUGCAACAACAGAGGAGGCGGUCACAGAUGAUAUGCCAGGCCUUCAGGAUGUCUCUGACGACGAAGAGGACAAUGAGGAUGAGCUCGAGCGCCUCAAAAAGACUUGGAAGUCCCCGAUUUAUUCAUUUUUCAAGGUCAAUGAUGUCAAACUCCAAAGGAUCGACAGCCGGCCGUGCCACUUCUUCCCAUAUUCCAAGGAUCGAUCCUCCACUUCGAACCUUAAGUCACACGCUAUUCACUGCUUCGGCGCCGAAGCGGUUCAGGCUGCAAUCGACGGUAAGGUUCCAAAACACCAAGAUGGAUCUAUCUUUGCGGCAUUUGCACGGCAAGGCCAACGCCCAGUCAUGAUAUCGCAUAGGGUCUAUUCUAAUGCUGAGGCGCGGGCACAUCUCGUAAAGUGGCUGAUGGAGAGCAAUCGGCCACUCAAUAUUGUCAAUGAUCCGAAGGCUCUCCUCCGCCCUUUCAAUGCAUGUAUUGGUAAUAGUCUCGGUGAUGAUACAGAGGGCCCAGAGAAUGAUGAUGAGGUGAUAGCUGACGGUGAUGAGUUACCUGACCUUGCAGACCUUUCUGAUGAUGAGGAUCCAUUUGAUGACGAUGAGUUGGAUGAAGAGAGUGAGGAUGGUGGCUCCGAGGGUGCUGUCGAUGAGCUCGGUGCACUGCCUCAAGACAAGCAGGAGACUCUCAUCACUGAGAUGACAGCUGUCAGGCAGAUGCUUACGAAGGCUUAUGCGCGUGAUGUUACAACAAGAUGGAACUCGAUGUAUGACAUGGCCAAGUUUGUGCUCCGCUAUCGGAAGCCUAUCGAUGACAUCACUGGAGGAAAGUCACUGAAGCUGAGGCAGUACGAACUCGACGACGAUGACUGGGCGAUCAUCGAUGACCUGAGUUUCUCAGAUCUUCAAAAAUGCGACGCUCUUCUUUUCUCAGGACCACUCGCAACCAUCGCGAAUGUUAUCCCCACAAUGGAUAUCAUCGACAAGAUGCUGUCCUGA